AACCACCCUUUCGCUGUGCAUUUCCUUCUCAGCAUAAAAAAUCACUCCCUGCUAAUUAGGUGCCUAAGAGCUUGUUCUUGACCAAGGAAAACCACAAGCACGUUGAGUGACUUGAUCACCGAAAACAUGACUGUUUUGCCGGUAUCAAACUCCAGCUCCGAGACAGACUCCACAAGCACUUACUCCUCCUCCUUGCAAGCCCUGUCUUCCCCAUCUUCAUCAGGAUUAUCACCAAACCCGGUGUCUAAACCCGACCCGGAAGAAAACCCAAGAAAACCAAAGAGGCCAAGAGAAAGCACCAGCAGCAGCAGCAAGCACCCGGUAUUCAGGGGGGUCCGAAUGCGGACAUGGGGAAAAUGGGUGUCGGAGAUCCGGGAGCCCAGAAAGAAGAAUCGGAUCUGGCUAGGCACCUUUGCCACCCCAGAGAUGGCAGCACGUGCCCAUGACGUGGCAGCGAUGAGCAUUAAAGGCAACUCAGCCAUCCUUAAUUUCCCCGAACUUGCCGGGUCUCUGCCACGACCGACUUCUAACUCUCCACGUGAUGUCCAAGCUGCCGCCGCAAAAGCCGCUUCUAUGGACGUCAACAUUGUCCCUUCGGCUCCCAACAAAAUCUGCGACGAUGAAAAUAACAGUAAAAGCAACGACUCUACGGCGAGUAAUAAUAACCGGUCAUCAUCCUCGCUAGUGACACAGUCCACCUCCUCAUCGUCAACAGCAGAGGUGACAUCAUCACCAAGUGACGUGGCGACUCCUGAAGAACUGAGCGAGAUAGUUGAGUUGCCGAGUCUGGAAGCAAAUCUCGAGGAAUUUCCUGAGUUUGUUUUGUUUGGUGACUCGUGGCCGUACAAUAUUAACCAGUCCUGGUAUUGUGAAGGCUACGGUGCUGAGGGUACUGGGUAUUUUAGCGAUCAGUAUUUGUCAAUAAUUCCAGAAAGUAAUGUGAUUACGACUACUGGAGCUUUUGAGACUUCAUUGUGGGAGCAUUAAUUAGUGUACACUAGUGAAAUUACCCCUGCUUUUUUCUUCUUUUUCUUUUUCUUUUUCUUUUUCUUUUUGGAGAGUUCGAUAUUGUGGUAAAAGCCCUCCCGCAGCUCCCCCCAGCCAAAAUACUUAUCUUUGCUAAUCAAGUUAGGUUGUGUUCGAAUUAAUUUAACGACGUGUUACUCCUUGGACUUGUGUUUUGUUUCAAUAAUAGAGGAACUCUGUUUUUUCUGAUUUAAAAUACUAAUAAACUAUAAACUGAUUGUUCCCACUUCAA